AUGAACAACCGCAAGCAUAAGCGCAACGGUGCUUCCCAUCAAAGCAACGAGAAUGCAACCUCCUCAGCACAUCAACUCAAUCGCUACUCGAACAUCGCCUCAUCUUCGACCGCUUCAAAUAGCAACGAUGGCGCCACCACGCCGCCUCAGCAGAUCGUCCUCAACAAGAGCAAAAGACCCUCUAUGAAAGGCAGAGCGAGCUACAGCGUCACAGCUCCAGGUACACCGUGGCACGAGCUCGACCUAUCCGAAAUACCCUUUUUACGCCAUGAUGUUGCUGAUGUCCCCAUCAAGAGAGGCAUCAUGCGCUAUCGACGUCUCUUCUUCAUCUUUGGCGCCACACUUGGUGCAGUCAUCGCCUUCCUCGCGUCGAGAAACGUCCAAAUGGCCCAACAUGUAGCCUCGCUACGCGCGCUUGUAGACGAAUCCAUCGAUGGUCUCGGUAUCGAUUUUCCAUCGAUCGAUAUCGGCAUGCCAAAAGAAUUCGCAGACAUGGGUGAUAACCUUUUCAGUCGUUCGCGGGAAUGGUUCAAAAACAAGGACUUUGGUGUGGGGCGCCAGCUCAGCAGCGAAGGAUACUCGGCCGAUCAUCCUGUCAUCCUCAUCCCCGGAAUCGUUAGCACUGGUCUCGAAAGCUGGACCACGGAUGCCCGCUCAGCGAGUUACUUCCGGAAACGUCUUUGGGGCACAACAACCAUGAUGCGCACCAUCGUAUUCGAGAAGGAAAUGUGGGUUCGACAUCUUUCCCUCGAUCCGGAAACUGGUCUCGAUCCACAAGGCAUUCGCGUUCGAGCAGCGGAGGGUCUCGACGCUGCCAGCUUCUUCGCUGCCGGCUAUUGGAUCUGGAGUAAGGUCAUUGAGAAUCUUGCUGUGCUCGGUUAUGACACCAACAACCUCUUCCUUGCCAGCUACGACUGGAGGUUGAGCUUCUACAACCUUGAGGUUCGCGAUCGCUACUUCACACGACUCAAGCUCAAGAUCGAGCAAAACAAGGCCUUGUUCGGUAAAAAGACCGUUAUUGUUGCGCAUUCCAUGGGCAGCUCGGUAUUUUACUACUUUAUGAAGUGGGUGGAAGCCGAAGGCGACUUCUACGGCAAUGGAGGUCCCAACUGGGUUGAGGAUCAUAUCGAGGCCUUCACAUCGAUCGCAGGAACCUUCCUCGGCGUUCCGAAAGCGAUGGCUGUGAUGCUCUCCGGCGAGAUGCGAGACACGGUCGAAGUUCCGCCUGCAGCUGCCUAUCUCCUCGAAAAGUUCUUCAGCCGACGCGAGCGAGCCAAACUCUUCCGCACCUGGGCCGGUGGUGCGAGCAUGCUCAUCAAGGGAGGCGAAGACAUCUGGGGCAAUUCCACCUGGGCACCUGACGACGAGCAAGAUGCCGAAGACACCCACGGCCAUAUCUACAGCUUCCGUCAACCCAGUGCAGACCAGCACAACCUGAACGAGCACACGGUUCGUAUCAACCUCACCGCCACCGAAGCGCACAACUUUAUGCUUCAACACGCUCCCAGCUCCUUUCAAAAGAUGCUCGCUACCAAUUACUCUCACGGGAUCGAACGUGAUCCAGCAAAGCUUGAGGCCAACAAUGCCGAUCACACAAAAUGGUCCAACCCUCUCGAGGCUCCUCUGCCCAACGCUCCGAGCAUGAAGCUCUACUGCAUCUACGGUGUCGGCAAACCCACUGAACGAUCCUACUGGUACCAGCAGGGAGAAUUCGUCACAGAAUCUUCCAUCGGCGAGCAAAUGGACGAACCGGGAUGUUUCGGAGAAGAAUGUCCCGAUGUUUCUCGAACGCCGGCGCUCAACUUUCCCACCGCCCGGUUGAGUUGGAUCGAUCACGUCAUCCAAAAGGAAGACGCAGUACCGAAAGUUCGAGCAGGUUGCAAGAUGGGUGAAGGAGAUGGAACCGUAUCUCUGCUCUCACUCGGUGCGAUGUGCACCCAAGGUUGGAAGCAUUCGAUUUGGAAUCCGGCCAACAUCAGUGUAGUAACGCACGAGCUCAAGCACGAACCGGAAGCGAUGGAUUUGAGAGGUGGCGAAUCGACCGGUGACCAUGUGGACAUUUUGGGCGCAAGGGGUGUCAACGAGGCCAUUCUGAAAAUCGCAGCGGGUAGAGGACAAGAAGUCGGAGAUCAGUUCUUCUCGGACAUCCGCCAGUACGCUAGCAACGUAAAGUGGUUGGGUGACGAACCAGGGCCAUAA